AUGGGUUCCUUGGAAUCUGGGAUCCCAUUGAAGAAGGGGAACUUGUUCGGUUCUCAGUUCACCAGAAAGGAGAAGAACCCUUUUCCUCACAGGUUCAGAUCGAGCUUCUCGAGGCUGCUCUUCAAGAAGCUCGAUUACGUGCAAUGGAUUUGCACGGUUUUGGUGUUUCUCUGCUUGGUCGUUGUGUUCCAAAUGUUCCUGCCAGGGUCGGUUGUGGAAAACUCCGAGGAGAAGAAAGCUGUGAAAAUGCGGUCUGAGAAUUUGUUCCAUGGAGAAAUGCACAAGGUUAUGUUGGACAUUGGGGAGGAUGCCGUGUUUUUGCCUAUGAUUCUGGAGAAAUUUAGGAGAGGUGGUGGUGAGGGUAAGGAUGUUGGUUUGUUUAACCACUCAGUGCAGCAUUUUGGAUACAGGAAGCCUCAUCUAGCAUUGGUGUUUGGAGAACUGUUGGUUGAUUCACAACAAUUGCUUAUGGUAACAGUUGCAACUGCUUUGCAAGAGAUUGGCUAUGAAAUUCAGGUCUUUUCACUUGAAGAUGGACCAGGGCAUAAUAUGUGGCGAAAUUUAGGAGUUCCUAUCUCUAUCUUUAGAACUUGUGAUAAGCGAAACAACACUGUAGACUGGCUAAACUAUGAUGGUAUAAUUGUGAGCUCCCUGGAGGCCAAGGGUGCCUUUUCAUGCUUUUUGCAGGAACCUUUCAAGUCUAUCCCUCUUAUAUGGAUUAUUCAUGAAAAAAAUCUUGCUUAUCGAUCAAGACAAUAUACCAGUAAUGGGCAGAUAGAACUUUUGAAUGAUUGGGGAAGAGUUUUCAAUCGUUCAACAGUUGUUGUCUUUCCAAACUAUGCCUUGCCGAUGAUUUACUCCACAUUUGAUGCUGGAAAUUUUUUCGUCAUUCCUGGUACCCCCGCCGAAACAUUAGAAGCAGAAGCAUUUAUGGCCUUACAGAAAGAUAAUUUGCGUGUGAGUAUGGGCUAUGGCCCAGAAGAUGUUAUUAUUGCAAUCGUGGGCAGUCAAUUUCUGUACAAGGGCAUGUGGUUGGGGCAUGCCAUUGUUUUAAGGGCUUUGGAACCACUUCUGUUGAACUUCCCUUUAAACAAAGAUAAUUCCAGUGUACAACUACGGAUCAUUGUUCAUAGUGGGGAAUUAACAAAUAACUACAGCGUGGCUCUUGAGACCAUGGCGCAUAGCUUGAAAUAUCCAAGAGGUAUUAUAGAGCAUGUAGCUGGAGAUUCAAAAGCCGAUUUUGUACUUGGCACAGCAGAUGUAGUGGUAUAUGGAUCCUUUCUUGAAGAACAUUCUUUUCCAGAGAUUUUGAUCAAAGCUAUGUCGUUUGAGAAACCAAUUAUUGCUCCAGAUGUUCCGACAAUCAGAAAAUACGUUGAUGACAGGGUGAAUGGCUAUCUUUUCCCAAGGGACAAUAUUAGAGCUCUGAGACAAAUUUUAUUAGAAGUUAUCUCAAAUGGGAAAAUAUCACCCUUGGCUCGUAACAUUGCCUCUAUAGGGAGAAACACUGCAAAGAAUCUUAUGGUUUCAGAAGCAAUUGAUGGAUAUGCAUCUUUACUUCAGAAAAUUAUCAGGCUUCCGUCGGAGGUUGCUCCACCCAAGAAUGCUUCAGAUAUUUGCCCCAAUGUUAAAGAACAAUGGCAAUGGCAUUUAUUUGAGACUCUUCCAAAUAUGACAUAUCAAAAUAGGGCAUUAAGAAGUAACACGUUUUUAGAUAAGUAUGAGGGCCAGUGGAAUCGUUCUCAAAAAAAUAGAUCCACUACUACAGUUGUAGCUACUGAUAUAUUUAUAUAUAGCUUAUGGGAGGAAGAAAAAUAUACUCAACUGGCUAUUACCAAAAAAAGGAGAGAGGAUGAAGAGUUAAAGGAUAGAACAGAGCAGUUUCAUGCAACAUGGGAGGAUGUAUAUAAAAACGCUAAGAGAGCUGACAGAGCAAAGAAUGAUUUACAUGAAAGAGAUGAAGGAGAGCUUGAGCGGACAGGACAACCACUAUGCAUUUAUGAACCUUAUUUUGGGGAAGGAUCCUGGCCUUUUCUUCAUAAAAGAUCUCUUUAUCGAGGAGUUGGCCUGUCCAGUAAAGGUCGAAGACCAGGAAGAGAUGAUGUUGAUGCUCCUUCUCGUCUUCCACUGCUUAAUGAUGGUUAUUAUCGAGAUUUACUUGGUGAACAUGGAGCCUUCUUUGCAAUUGCAAACAGGAUUGACCGAUUACACAGAAAUGCUUGGAUUGGAUUUCAGUCUUGGAGAGCAACAGCAAAGAAGGCAUCUUUGUCCGGAACUGCUGAAAAUUCAUUAUUAGAUGCCAUACAAUCCAAAAGGUAUGGCGAUGCACUAUAUUUUUGGGUUCGCAUGGAUAUGGAUAGACGAAACCCUUUGCAAAAGGAUUUUUGGACAUUUUGUGAUGCCAUUAAUGCAGGAAAUUGCAAAUUUGCUUUCUCAAAAGCCAUGAGGAGAAUGUAUGGGUUAAAAGAUGAUGUGGAUUCUUUGCCACCCAUGCCUGUAGAUGGUGACACGUGGUCUGUCAUGCAGAGUUGGACUCUGCCUACGAGAUCCUUUUUGGAGUUUGUAAUGUUCUCCAGAAUGUUCGUGAAUGCAAUGGAUGCACAGAUGUACGAUGAACACCAUUCAACAGGACACUGUUCUUUGAGCUUGUCAAAAGACAAGCAUUGUUAUUCACGGCUUCUGGAGCUUCUUGUAAAUGUGUGGGCAUACCACAGUGCAAGGAGGAUGGUGUAUGUGGACCCCGAAACUGGUCUAAUGCAGGAACAACACAAGUUCAAGAGCCGCAGAGGUCAAAUGUGGAUCAAAUGGUUCUCAUACAGCACCCUUAAGAGCAUGGAUGAGGACUUGGCAGAAUUAUCAGAUUACGAGGAUCCUGGGAGGCAUUGGUUGUGGCCUUCAACGGGUGAAGUAUUCUGGCAAGGUGUAUACGAGAGAGAGAGAAGUUUAAGGCACAAAGAGAAGGAAAAGAGAAAGCAAAAGAGUAUAGAAAAACAAAACAGAAUGAGGAAGCGUCAUCGCCAACAAGUGAUAGGGAAAUACAUUAAGCCCCCACCAGAUGAAGAAAGCUCCAAUUCGUCUAUGCUUGCAGUAACAGCAUCAUGA